CGUGACCACAUUACGGUCUGCCCAGCCUCCUUGGCGCGCAUGCGCAGUUUGGACACUCCCGUUCAGUACAAGCGUAGGCGAACCAAGAUGGCGGCGGUGGUGGAGAAUGUUGUCAAACUACUGGGAGAGCAGUACUACAGAGAUGCCCUGGAGCAGUGCCAUAACUAUAACGCCCGUCUGUGCGCAGAGAGGAGUGUGAGGAUGCCCUUCCUCGACUCGCAGACUGGUGUCGCUCAGAGCAACUGCUACAUCUGGAUGGAGAAGAGACACAGAGGACCGGGUUUGGCUCCGGGGCAGUUAUACACGUACCCCGCCCGCCGCUGGAGGAAGAAGAGGAGAGUUCAUCCACCAGAAGACCCUCGACUGGCUUUCCCUUCUCUGAAGACAGAGUUGGACCUGGGUUUGAAGAAGGAACUUCUCAGCUCCAGCGAUGGCAGCAGCAGUCUGGAGGCUUUGCUCCGAGGGGAGCCACUGGAGAAGAGAGCAGCGCUGGAGCUCAGACCGAACGAUGAGGAGCCUGCACACAACGAGUACACGAGUGGAGGACUCAACCCUGCCACCCGAGUGAGGAAGAGAAUUGUGGAACCUGACGACUACAUGGACGACCUGGACGAUGAAGAUUAUGAGGAAGACACACCGAAGAGACGUGGUAAAGGCAAGGGAAAGGGGCGGGGCGUCAGCAGCGCUCGCAAGAAGCUGGACGCAGCAGCCGCCGCUCUCGAGGAUCGGGACAAACCGUACGCCUGUGACAACACUUUCAAACAAAAGCAUAUUUCAAAAACGUCUGAACGAGUCUGUGGGAAGCGCUACAAGAACAGGCCCGGGCUGAGCUACCAUUACACCCACUCUCACUUAGCCGACGAGGAAGGGGAGGAAAAAGAGGAGGAGCUUCACGAGCAGACCCCACCCCCACCCGAGGAGCCUAAGACAGCUCCUAAGAAGGGUCCCGAUGGUCUGGCUCUGCCCAACAACUACUGCGAUUUCUGUCUGGGUGACUCCAACAUGAACCAGAAAACUGGCCAAUCAGAAGAGCUGGUGUCCUGCUCUGAUUGCGGACGCUCCGGCCACCCCUCAUGUCUGCAGUUCACCCCGGUGAUGAUGGCGGCGGUGAAGACGUACCGCUGGCAGUGCAUCGAGUGCAAGUGCUGCAACAUGUGCGGUACAUCAGAGAACGACGACCAGCUGCUCUUCUGCGAUGACUGUGACCGAGGCUAUCAUAUGUACUGCCUCACCCCGCCCAUGUCGGAGCCCCCCGAAGGAAGCUGGAGCUGCCAUUUGUGUUUGGACCUGCUGAAAGAGAAGGCUUCCAUAUACCAGAAUCAGAACGCUCCACCGUCAUGAUGGAGCCGCUGCAGAAACACUGGCCCUGCGUUCACGGUUCCCAGCUCUGUGCGUGACCACUCAGUGAGUGAGGGAAGGGAGUUCAAAUAAAAUACAACGAGAAAGACAGAGAGAGAGAUGCUGGGAACCGGAAAAAGGGAAACACCUUAACCUAUUUACCCAAGGAAAGGCAGGGAUGAACGGAUGGAUAAACAAGUACACAAAACAAACAAACUCCCUCCCUCCUCUUGGCAGGUUUAAUUCCGAUAUGACUGUUACACAGUUCCGAGGUUUAAACUACCCACUGCUUAUUGUUUUCAACUAUUAUACCUAAUAGUAAUAAUAAACAUAACACCAACAACAGUGAUAACUGACUAAUCCAAACCCACGCUGUCUAACAGUCCGCUCUGAGAACAUACGACCCCGCCCGUCAGUAGCCUCGUCCUUCGCCUACUUGAAAUAUUCCCCCGAAUCCGCCGCUAGCUAAAAAUCAGUAGGGACAACUUUUUGUACCAGUCACGUCUCUAGCCACGCAGUAAUAGUUGAAACCAAUCAGCAUGCUUGUUUGUAAUAAGACAAAUGGUAGCCUGUUUUUUUUUGUUUAGUUUUUUUUUUUUUGUAUAUUUAUAUAUUUGUAAAUCAUAUAAAGGUGUGAUGUAUUUAAAAGUGAGAAUAUCAAAAGUGAUCGGUUAUUAUUCUAGCGGAUAAAAAAUGUUUUUUUAACGGUAUUAAACCUUUCUUUUAUGUCUCAAGCAUCAUUCGCCAGUGCCAUCGAUGCAUACGCUUCGCCGCCGUCGCAGGGUUACGUCGAUCGUCGUCCCUUAGGAUUUUUUUUUUUUAAACUUUUUUUUUUUUUUUUUUGGAAUUUCUUUUAUUUAGCUUGUUAAAAUGAAAAUCGAACUUCCUCAAGGAUCUGACAAAGUCAAACGUAGUGUAUUAGCGUAUAAGUCGGCUCAGGAGACAUCGUGGCUUAUAAUCGAUUCAGAGGAGAACAAUUCACGACUCAGGUUGUAGAUUUUAGAUUCCCGUCAGAACGAGUUAAUCCAGUUACUGACGCACUGUUUAGCAUGAAAUGCAAUACGGCCCGAUUUUUUUCUUCUUCUU